UUCGUACAAAAGAAAAGAAAGAAAGAAGAAAGUAUUUGUUUUAAAAUUAAUUAUGGAUCCUUCAAAAGAACAAGAUGAGAACCUAACUUUCAACAUCGAUGCUAAGGAAGAAGCUGAAUACUCCAAGGGUUUGAACAGUACGGAAGAAGAAAUGGAAGAAUUUUUUGGGAAUGCUACAGAAGUUAAUAAAGAAACGCGCUAUAUUGGUGUUAGAAAACGGCCAUGGGGAAAGUAUGCAGCUGAGAUAAGGGAUUCCACAAGAAAUGGAACAAGGGUUUGGCUUGGGACUUUUAACAGUGCAGAAGAAGCUGCUUUGGUUUAUGAUCAAGCUGCAUUUGAGAUGCGCGGAGCGUCUGCAGCCAUUAAUUUUCCCAUAGAAAAAGUAAAAGAAUCUCUUAGUAAAAUGAAUUACAGGUGCGAGGAUGGUUCAUCACCAGCUGAAACCAUAAAAGAGACUCACAGGACUCGGAAUUCGUCGAAGCGCAAAUGCAAAAUGAAACAAAUUAGUGAAGAAAAUGUUUUGGUGCUUGAGGACUUGGGAUCUGAUCUAUUAGACCAGCUUUUAUCUGAGAGUUGAUUUUUGUUUAUCCUAAGGGCUCCUCUCCUACCCAUGAAAAAGGAAAAAGGAAAAAAGGCCAAAGGGAGAAGAAGAAGUUCCAAGUAUUGAAAGCAGAGGCACCAUGAAAAUGAGUUUUCAGGCAAAUGCUCCACUAUAUACCCUAUGGGUUAUUUAGUUCAAGUAUAUUAACUAUUUCAUUAU